GAAAACAAGCCCCAAGACGUCUUGAAGAUCAGCACUUGCCAAUUCCAUUACACGCCCAAGCGCUAAAGAUGCCCUUUAAGCCUGUACCUACCAGAGUUUCAUUGCCUUCUGUCAAGAAACCGCGCUUUUAUCUGGGUACCACCGUUAGCACUAGACCCAUUGCAGCGACAAGCGCCCAGAAACACAAGGAUAAGAACACAGCCAUGAGUCAGCAAGAUGUAGAAAUUCCUAAGCGGGCAUUUGAGUUUCUUGGGUUUGGUGAAGAACGAGGCACCAAACCUAGGAGUCGAGGCAUAACGGAGAUUCGAGGACCCUACUAUUCUGUAGUAGGCAAACGGUAUCUCUCUGACGUACUGGAAACCUCUGGUCAAUGGAUCGACAGCCUCAAGUUCGCUGGCGGUUCAUUUACUCUUCUUCCUGAGCGUGCCCUACGCGAACUUAUCGACCUCGCCCAUAGCCACAAUGUCACGGUGUCGACUGGAGGAUUCAUCGAACGGGUUUUGGUUCAAGGCACCGGUGUACAGGGUCGCAGAGAAAUUGUUGAUAAAUACUUGGAGAAGUGUAAAGAUGUUGGGUUCGAUAUUGUGGAACUGUCGAGUGGAUUUAUCACCUUACCUUUGGACGAUUGGGCACGGUUAGUCGAACGUUGCCAUGCCUUUGGAGUGAAACCUAAACCAGAGGUUGGAAUACAAUUUGGCGCCGGAGGGACUACGGAAGCAAGUGUGCUUGAAGCUGAAGGAACAAAGGACGUGGAUAUCUUGAUUUCCCAGGCAAGGCGCUUCUUGGAUAUGGGAUGCGAUAUGAUUAUGAUCGAAAGCGAAGGUAUAACUGAAAGUGUUAAAACCUGGCGAACAGAUGUUAUAUCCAAAAUCGUCAGCGAGCUAGGCUAUCAAAAACUAAUGUUCGAAGCCUCUGACCCUGAAGUCUUCACCCAUUACAUCAAGACCUAUGGGCCAGACGUUAAUCUCUUUGUAGAUCAUAGCCAGAUAUUGCAGCUAGAGGGUGUACGACAGGGUAUUUGGGGCGUAAAGGAUGUUUGGGGGCGGGUUGCUUCAUUCAAAUGAGGAGGAUGGCGCGGCUGGCAUGGGAUUAUGGUAGAACAUCCUAGCAAGCAGAAGAAUUUCUGAUCUGCAAGAAAAAGCCCCAGAUACGGAUCCUUUAAAAAUAUUCUUGAUGAGAGAGAGAUGCACAAUCUUUCUCAACCUCCGC